AUGCAACGCGGAGUUAAAGCAAACCCGGAGAAAUGUCGCGCCGUCCUCGAAAUGACGAGCCCAAAAAACCUCAAAGACAUCCAAAAGCUCACCGGCCGAUUGACAGCGUUAUCACGCUUUCUCGGGGCAUCGGCUCAAAAAGCGAUCCCUUUCUUCAAACUAAUAAAAAAAGGAGCCCCUUUUAUAUGGGAGACGGAGUGUGAAGAAGCAUUCCAGCAUUUCAAGAAAGUUUUAGCGGAACCACCAAUCCUUGCCAAACCCCAAACAGGGGAAACACUCUACCUGUACCUCUCCAUUACGGAAGAGGCACUCGCAGCAGCACUCAUCCGCGAAAACAUGAGAAAGGAACAAGAACCUAUCUACUUCAUAAGCAAAGUCUUGCAAGAAGAGGAAACUCGCUACUCACGACUAGAAAAACUAGCUUUUACACUCCUCACGGCCUCCCGGCGCCUGCGACAAUACUUCCAGGCCCACCCCUUAACGGUCCGAACCGACCAGGCGGUCAAACAAGUACUACAAAAACCCGACCUUGCGGGAAGAAUGUUUGCGUGGUCCAUCGAACUAUCUCAAUUCCAAAUCAAGUUCGAACCCCAGUACGCGAUCAAAGCACAGGCCAUGGCCGACUUUAUCGCCGAGAUGACCCCAGGAAACUCCACCCCCGAAUCAUGGAAACUACAUGUUGACGGCUCAUCGAACAUCACCUCUGGAGGUGCUGGAGUCAUUCUCGAAAGUCAGAACGGAGUCGUAAUCGAACAAUCAGUACGAUACGAAUUCCCAGUCUCAAACAACCAGGCAGAAUACGAGGCCCUCCUGGCAGGCCUAGCCCUAGCUCGGGAGGUCGGAGCAAAAGUCCUAGAGGUAAACACCGACUCACAGGUAGUCAGCUCCCAAAUCAACGGAGACUACCAAACACGAGAUCCCCUACUCCAACAGUACCUCGCCAAGGUAAACAAACUAAAAGAAGGAUUCGAGCGAGUUACCAUACAGCAUGUCCCUAGGGAACGAAAUGCCAGGGCAGACCUACUUUCCAAACUAGCCAGUACCAAACCAGGACACGGUAACAAAUCGCUAAUCCAAGAAGUCGUCAAGUCACCCUCCGUGUCAAUGACAACCAACACUCAUCUGACACUCUCAAACCAAGGAUCUUGGACCCACCCUAUCCUACAGUACCUCCUUGACGGAACACUGCCGCCGGAUCCCAAAGAGGGAAAACGAAUAAGACGGGAAGCAGCCAACUAUACCGUUGUCACAGGACAGCUAUACAAACGCGGAUUCUCGCAACCCCUGCUCAAAUGCGUUGAACCCGAGAACACGGAGUACAUACUCCGCGAAAUCCACGAAGGUUGCUGCGGCCACCACGUCGGAGGCAAAACAUUAGCCCAAAAAGUCAUCAGAGCAGGCUACUUCUGGCCCACGGUCAUCCGGGAUUCCAUACAAAUAGUUAAAAGCUGCGACAAAUGCCAGAGGCACGCCAAUAUCCACCAAGCCGCGCCACACCAGCUCAGCAUCAUAUCGGCAGAACGGCCAUUCAGCACCUGGGGGAUUGACCUCGUCGGACCCUUCCCUACGGCACCCGGUCAACUCCGGUAUCUCAUCGUCGCCAUAGACUACUACACCAAGUGGAUCGAAGCCGAACCCCUAGCCUCCAUAACGGCAGCCCAAUGCCGUAAAUUCUUCUGGCGACAGAUCAUCACCCGAUUUUGGAUCCCCGAGAUCGUUAUCUCGGACAACGGAACCCAAUUUGCUAACAAAAAGUUCAGAGAAUUCUUAGAAGGACUACGCGUAUCACACCGUUUCAGCUCGGUAGAACACCCCCAAACAAACGGACAGGUGGAAUCCGCAAACAAAAUAAUCGUCAAGGGACUCAAGAAACGGCUCGACGAAGCCAAAGGACUAUGGGCCGACGAGCUCGGAUCGGUCCUAUGGUCAUACCGAACCACACCGCAAACGACCACGGGAGAAACCCCCUUCCGACUAACAUACAGCGUGGAGGCAGUCAUCCCGGUAGAAAUCGGAGACCCAUGCCCCAGAAAAAAGGUCGGCGGUAACGACGAGGAAGCAGAACGAGACCUCAUUGACGAGGAAAGAAGCAUAGCUCACAUCAAAGAGUACCUCCCCCCAUUGUUCCAGUCAGGCAACCCGGCUUCAGCUCAGGUUCGCGGAUUUCCGAUCCACCCUUCAAACCGUACCAGAGACAUCUCGUCCUUUGAUAUGGCAGCGUCCAACCUCUUUGACUCUGAGGUGCCACCUGUCCGAGUUUUUCGUGAGAAGGUGGGGGUAGUACCUGCAAGAGACUCUGAUACUUAA